AUGGCUAUGGAGAGCGGUUACCCGGAAGGGAACUUGUCCAUGGGGACACAGCUCAUCCCACAAGACUUCGCUCGCCACAUAAUGCAACAGCUUGGCUAUUUGUGUGUAGGAGAUGAAGCACCAUCACCUGAAAACAUAUCGGAAGUAGAAAAGGUGUAUGAAGAAAGCCAACGGUGUUCCACUCCCAUGUUUGAUUACUGCAAAGGAGGGGAUGAGUGCAAAGCAUUUCUGAUGUCAGACCGUCAGUGGUUUCGCAACAUUCUUGAGCAACGAUUUGGCAUAGCAUUCAAGCAUAUCAUCAAGCAGGGGCCUGCAAUUAUCGACUUCAAAGACAACGAGGAGGCUGAGCACAUGAUGAGAGCACAUCCGUCACGUGACGCUAUAUCCGUAUUCCGUCCGCUGAAGAAGCCCGCAAAGUGGGAUAAUGGGUUGUUCAAACUCUAUACCUUGUCUCAUCACCAAACGGAUCAAGAAUUUGAGAAAAGCGAAGGAAAAGAUGCGCACGAAGUUGUUGUCGAUCCGGAACAAUGUCUAUUCGUAGAGGGAGGACUCUAUGUACGUCUUUCGCCGAAGGGAAGUACUCGAAUGGUCUGGCAAGGAUUUUCGGUGCAUCCAAUGCUGGAAGAUAUCGAGAAUCCCAAAGGACUCCCAUUCAUGAAGAUAUAG